UCUCGACACCAGAGCUUUGAAUCCAUCCAUCUCGACGACGUCCAAUUCGCUUCAGCACAAGACCACCGUGGGACGACAACGACAAGUGACGACGGUAACGACGAGUGCCACGCUCAUUCCAUCAUUAUAUCGACGAGACGACGAGGGGGCGCUGUCGGAUAGCUUCCCUUCCUCUGUUAGAUAGUCAGCCCUCCGGUCGACUAAGUGCCCCAGAUGUCUUCUCCCUUCUCCAUAAAUGGCGGCGCCUGCGUCGCCAUGGUCGGCAAGGACUGCGUCGCCGUAGCCUGCGAUCUCCGCCUCGGCCUCCAGGCCCUGACCGUCUCCAACAACUUCCCCAAGAUCUUCCAGUACGGGGACGUCUUCCUCGGCCUCACCGGUCUUGCCACCGACGUGACCACCGUCGCCGACCUCUUCCGCUACAAGACCAACAUGUACCGCCUGCGCGAGGAGCGCAACAUCGCCCCCCGCACCUUCGCCAACCUCGUCUCCUCAUCUCUCUAUGAGCGUCGCUUCGGCCCUUACUUCGUCUCCCCCGUCGUGGCCGGUCUCGAACCCAAGACUGGCCAGCCCUUCAUCUGCGGCUUCGACAGCAUCGGCUGCAUCGAUUUCGCCAAGGACUUUAUCGUUUCUGGAACCGCCUCUGAACAGCUGUUCGGCAUGUGCGAGAGCUUGUGGGAGCCCGAUCUGGGUCCCGAGGAGCUGUUUGAAACCAUAUCCCAGGCGCUUCUCAACGCCGUGGACCGAGAUGCUCUCUCCGGUUGGGGCGCCCAUGUCUAUAUUAUCGAGAAGGAUAAGGUCACCAAAAGGUUACUGAAGGGCAGGCAAGAUUAAUGCUCGAACCCCUACUUGUUUGUACCGGCCCAAGGCAGAGGAAGGCCGGUUAGUUGUGCGAGAAGGAGGAUAAGAGCAUCCGGGGAAAAUUAUCCGGGCAUACAGCUAGCUGGUCCGUUCCCGGAAGGGGACUAUUUAACAGUUUUUACCGUCGGUACCAACAGAACGCGCCGUCGAUCACAAUAGAACUGACGGUAUCUAUCACGCUUUCGCGUUGAACGACGAGAUUACCAAGAAUCAGACGCCCGCCUUGACAUGAUGCCUCUUCGGCAGGACUUCGCCAACAUUGCCCAGCAUAUCCCUCUCCUUUGACGGAGUGGACUGUAUAUAAUGCUAUGUGCUAGAUUCGUCUAUCGAUUUUUAACUAAAGUGACCGUCUA